AUGUCGUGCACAGUUGAAUAUAACGUGUCUGUUGUGACCGAGUAUGUGCUGGCGACACUCGGAGAAAAAUGUCAAUCUGCAGCCGUGGUGAUUCCCACCGUCAUCAUCUACGCUACCGUAUUCCUGUUGGGAUUGUUUGGAAAUGUUUGCACGUGUAUUGUGAUUGUGGCGAAUAAGUCAAUGCAUAAUCCGACGAAUUAUUAUUUGUUCAGUUUGGCAAUUUCGGAUAUUAUUGCGCUGAUUUUGGGCCUUCCCAUGGAGCUCUACCAAUCCGUCGACUACGCCUACCCGUACAGAUUCAGUGAAUCCAUCUGCAAAGCGAGAGCGUUCCUCAUCGAAUUCACCUCCUACGCCUCCAUCAUGAUCAUUUGUUGUUUUUCGUUCGAGCGGUGGCUUGCUAUUUGCUACCCUCUCCGAACGAAAAUAUUUUCGACACUUUGGAGGGCCAACGUACUAAUUGUGUUGGCGUGGAGUGUCUCGUUGGUGUGUGCGCUGCCGAUGGCGUUCAUAGUGCAAAUUAAUAAGCUGCCGUUGCCGGAAAUCGCCAGGGACAAGGCGUGGACAGGGCAGGUCUCCACCGAUGGCUUGACAAUCACCGGCACCGAGUUUUGCGCUAUGAACCAAGGACGUCCGGAUCAACAAAAGACACUAAUCGUCUUUGCAUUCACAGUAUUUUUUAUUAUUCCCGCAAUUGCAAUAGUGAUAAUGUAUGCACAUAUUGCUAUCAAACUCGACUCGUCGGAAAUUGAUAAAUCGUUGAAAGAGGACAAUUUAGUGAGGAAACGGAGGAAUCGGAGUAAUAGGACAGUGCUCAAAAUGUUAUUAUCCGUAGUGAUCACCUUCUUCAUCUGUUGGCUUCCAUUUCAUAUCCAACGUCUUCUAUCCGUUUACACCGUCUGGUCGGAGACUGAAACCGUCUCGCCGCCUGUUCAAUUCCUAUCAAUGAUCGUUUUCUACAUUUCUGGAUUCUGCUAUUACUCGAAUUCCGCUGCCAAUCCGAUUCUCUACAAUAUAUUGUCACAGAAGUAUCGAAGCGCUUUUUGUCGGACUAUUCUGGGCGAUCGGAUUGGGAAUUGGGUGUUCAAAGGAAAUCAGAAACCCGGGAAAGCAAAGCGGUGCUCCUCCUCCACCGACGCCGAGCAGAAGACGCUGAUGACACGUGUCGUCAGUGUUCGUGUAGAUCAUCACAAAAAUCAUUCACGUCAGCCUCAUCGAACACUGGAAGUCACCACUGGUUACUGA